AUAAACCUCAGCGUGGCGUGGCGAAGGUGUUAAACGUGAAAAUGGAAAACAAAACAAGGCUAGCGGUAGUUUGGUUUAAUUAUCUGAGAAGUCGCUGUUCUUGGAGAUCGAGGGUAUGAAAACAUGGGAAGCCAUCGAUAUAAGAAACUCUCCACCGAUGAAGUUGAGGAAUCAAGAGAAUCGUUUUUGUCUUUUCUCUUCUUUCAUCAGAUGAGUUAUGUUUUUAAGACAGGCAGUAAGCGAACUUUAGAAGAGAAGGACUUUUUACCUCUUUCAGAGGAACACACCUCUUUCUCAAACACCAAAAAGCUUCAAAAGAAAUGGAACGAUGAAAUUUCAAAGAGUCAAGAAAGUGGUAGAAGACCGAAACUUUGGAAAAGCGUUUUAAAAACUAUUUCUUUUCGGGAAUUGACGAUCAUUAUUUUUGCAGAAGCGUUAAAUUUUCUGAACCGUAUGAUUCAGCCUCUACUUCUUGCAUAUCUGGUCUCGGCACUGUCUUCAGAUGAUCACCACUACACUCUUAUUACGUACGGAGUUGCUAUAGCAAUGGGCCUUAGUCCUUUGAUCGGGUCCUUUGGUUUCCAUCACCGGGCAUAUUGCUGCGGACUGUUCGGCGUAAAAGUCAGUAGCGCUCUAAAAGGUCUUGUUUACAUUAAGACGCUCCUUCUUAGCAAGGAUACCUUGGUAAACGUUUCAACCGGUCGGGUGAUUGACCUUAUAUCAAACGAUGUUCAGAGGAUGGGGGAGGCAGCGUUUUGGUUUUUUCCCUUAGCUUAUGUAUGGCUGGACAUCGUCUUGGCUUCAUUUAUCCUUGCGAUCUUUAUUGGCUGGCAGGCUGUCAUGGGAAUGAUUUUUUUAUGUGUUCUUGUGCCAUAUUACGCCGAACUUUCUAGUAUGAACGCUCUAAUGCGCCAGAGAACCGCAGCGGAGACUGAUGAGAGACUUUCCUUGAUAACUGAAGUGGUUUCUGGGAUCCGUGCUAUUAAAGCAUAUGCGUGGGAAAAUGGUUAUAGGGAGAAAAUACGGAGCAAAAGGAGAAAAGAAAUUGGCAUCAUCCGUAGGAACACUUCAGUCCUGUCCUGUAUUGCAACUCUGGAGUACACUUCUGCACCAAUAGCGACCUUGCUGUCUAUCAUCUCUCUGAUGUUAACUGGUCAGCCCCUCACGCCCAGCAGUGUCUUCCUGAUCCUUUCUUACGUUAAUAUCCUCAAGCGUAGCGUCUGCUCUGAAUUAGCCCAGGGUUUCUUGAAAACGUAUGAAGCGUACGUCUCCCUAAGUAGGAUAGAAGACUAUCUUCUUUUAGAGAACCUGCCUUUAACUCCUCCUUACCGGUUGACCGAGAAGAAAGGGUAUGUAGAAAGAAGCCCAGACAUUCUAGAGAGCCCGAAAAAUAAUUUAGUUGAUUUUACAGAAGCUACAUAUGAUAAAAAUACUAAUAGCCGAAAUGACAGUGAAAGACAGGAAAAUUUGCGUGUGUCGAGUUUAACGCAUGAACAAACGAAAAGGAAGGACACAUUUAUCUUACAAGAUGUGGAAUUCGACACUGUGUUAAAGAGUUUCACAGCGGUCACUGGACCCGUUGGCAGCGGAAAAUCUACCCUUCUUUCGGCAAUCGCUGGCGAGUUGUCAAAUGUGAGUGGAACAAUUUCUUUUAGUGGAACGUUCGUCUAUGUACCCCAGACAGCUUGGGUUUUCUCUGGAACUGUUCGUGAAAAUAUUCUAUUCGGUCAGCCAUACGAUGCAAUCAGGUACGCUAGGACAACUGAGGUGUGCGCCCUUGAUGAAGACAUUCGGAAGUUUCCUAACGAGGACCAAACAUAUGUUGGUGAGCGCGGUGUCACCCUUAGUGGAGGUCAGCGUGCAAGGAUUAGUUUGGCACGGGCAGUAUACUUAGAUGUAGAUUUGUAUUUGUUAGACGAUCCUCUAAGUGCAGUGGAUUUGAAUGUUAGUCAACAUAUCAUGAAAAAUUGCAUCAAGGGACUGCUAGGCAACAAAACACGAUUGAUAGCUGCUCACCAAGAGGAACACUUGAAAGAGGCCGACCAAGUGAUUGCGCUGUAUGAGGGUCGAGUUCUUGGAAAGGGUAAGUUUUUUGAGCUUCAAGAAAGAGGCAUUCUCAAUGGAAGCGAUAGAACUGUGCACCACAAGGUUCCAAAAGAAAUAAAGCUCGAGAGCGGUAACAAUGAAAAGAUCGUAAAGGGAGAGGAUGGAAUGGCACAACUAGUCAAUGAGGAAAAGGAUUUUGAGAUUUCUGAAGAAGAUCGAAACAGUGGAAAUAUGUCAUCCAAGCUGUACUGGAACUACUUUAGAAGCGGGAUUAGUACCUUAUCGAUCUUCGCAACAAUUUGUUUCUUUCUCAUUGCCCAAGGAAUUCUUGUGGCUCCUAAUGUGUGGCUGGCGUUUUUGGUGAAGGAACCACCAGAAGAGCAGGGAUACCAAAGCACACUUAUCAUUUAUGGUUGCUUAGUCAGUGCUUCAGUCGUUUUUGUCUACGUAAGAGCAGCUGUGUUCUUUUUGGUGAGCUUGAGAUGCUCUGAAAGACUUCAUGACAAAAUGGUGGUGGCUUUUCUACAAGCACCGAUGUUGUUUUUUGAUUCAAAUCCCGAGGGUAGAAUUCUCAACAGAUUCUCCAUGGACAUCGGUUGCAUAGACGAAAUACUGCCUCCAAAGUUUCUUCUCUCAAUACAAUUGUUGUUGCUUCUUUUGACCACAUUCAUCUUACCAACUGUCGCAAAUCCCUGGCUUCUGAUUGUAUUUAUCCCGGUUGCUGUCCUGGUCUGUUUUAUCACGAAAUACUACCUAAAGACGUCUAGAGAACUGAAAAGACUAGAGGUAGCAUCUCGUAGUCCAGUCUUGUCUCAUUUAGCGGAGACUAUGAAUGGUCUGGAUACUAUUCGAACAAGAAGGAGGCAGAGAGCUUUCGAGGAUAAGUUUUACAGACAUCAAGAUCUCCACAAUCAGAGAAGUGUUAUGUUUAAACAGGGUGCAAGAUGGCUUGCUGUUCGCCUGAGUCUUCUGUCCUGCCUAUUGGUGAUUGUAGUGGCUAUAGCGUCAAUAUUGAUGUCACAGGACGCUGCUUUUGCAGGACUAUCACUGGCUUACAUCAUCCAGGCUGUUGUCUUAACUCAAAUCACCGUCAGAGAAUUAGCAGAUGUGGAGACUUUUAUGGCGUCAGUCGAACAAGUUAUGGCAUAUACCAAGCUAGAUCCUGAACCUGGGUACAAACAGGAACAACUUCCACCGGCGCAAUGGCCAAACGAAGGAAACAUCACGCUCCAAGACUUUUCACUGACGUACUAUCCUGGAGGUCCUCAAGUGCUGAAGGGCAUCAAUGUGUCCAUCAAAGGUGGUACAAAGAUCGGUGUAGCGGGUCGUACAGGAGCUGGGAAAUCAUCAAUUGUAGCAGGCCUUAUGCGCAUGCCUGACCCAGACGGACAAGUGAUCGUUGAUGGCAUUAAACUGAAAGAUCUCAGCAUUCAAGCAGCUAGAAGAUUCAUAUCCGUCCUUGGCCAGAGCCCCGUCAUCUUUGGUGGCCCUUUGCGGAAAAAUCUUGAUUUCGAAGAGCAAUUCGAAGAUGCUGAUCUGUGGCGUGUGCUAGAGGAUGUCCAGCUGAGAGACUUUGUAGAGAAACUCGAUGGGCGACUGAAUUAUGAGUUGUUAGAACAAGGGUCAAAUAUUAGUGUCGGAGAACGGCAACUGAUUUGUUUGGCCCGUGUGCUGCUUCAACGAAAUCAAAUCGUGAUCCUGGAUGAGCCUACUGCGAACGUGGAUCCAGAUACAGAAAAAACCAUUUGGCAGGUAGUGCGCAAGAUGCUUAAGAAUUCCACAGUCAUCAUUAUAGCACAUCGCCUGCACACUAUCCAGGAUUGUGACAAGAUUCUUGUUUUCCACGAUGGCAAUGUCUCCGAAUAUGACAGUUUGGAUGAGGCCAGCAAGUACCUUGUAUGAAAUUUCCCAAGAUUUGAGCAUAAAUAUGUACGAGCACUUGGCCUUGGACAUUAUCUGCUCCGAGAUGCUAACAGCCUUCCUGGAGCUUCGCUCUUGGAAAACUGUUGACAUCUCGUGAUAGAUAAUGCCAAGGACAAAUCUCUACAUCUCUUUGUCCAAUAAGGCGCAUAAGGCUUUGACAUUCUCUUUCCAUCCAGCCAGCUAAGGACAAAUAAACGAGCAUCUUUUCGU